AUGGUCAUCAGCACAGACAGUGAUAUCUACACUCCAUUUCCGCAAAGCGUAAUGAUGGAGGACGGUCCUCAGUCCAGUGAGGAUGGCUCCGGCCUACACUCACCCAUCUUCGGGGCUCAAUUUCCUCAGCCGCACGGAGACACGGGUAUCCUAGCCUCUCAGUUCGAUUACACCAAUAUCAGCAUCCACUCGCACCCUCACCUCAUCGAAACCCCUUUGAAUAUUCAUUCAAAUCAGAAUCCUCACCACCACAAUACAUAUCAGUCCGAGUUUCCUCUCUCACAAAGAAAUCACCUUGGCCUUGACCUACCCCCCCAUGCCUAUCCCAACACCCGCCUUCCGCCCCCUCCAGCUCAUGGUGGCGCCGUCAAUUUGUCCUACCAAGGCCCCCCAAAUCGAAGAUAUUCUGCCGAGGACUUGCGUCCCCAAUCUUACCCUUCAGGUGGUGGCUCAGCACAACCCCCUGUAAUACAAACUCCAGAGAGCACUCGAUCCUCUGUCCCAAUCUCAGAGUCAACCCCUCAACCACAGCCAGCAGCAUCUACAUCCCAGGAUCCGCCCCGCAGAGAAAUUUCCAAUCAAGUGAUAGCUUGUCGGCAAUGUCGUGCGAGGAAAAUUCGAUGCGACUCCACGAGACCAAUUUGUCAUAACUGUGUGCGCCGCUCGAAUGAGUGCCAAUACGAUGCAGCACCUAAACGGCGAGGGCCUGAUAAAAGGCCAGGCACUCGCCAGCGCUCAUGUAAGAAACGUCCGACCGAUGGCUCAUCCCCUCCUUCCCUUCCGUCCAAGCGCAAACGCUCUUCUGUCAGGAAUGACGACUUCGAGCUUCCGCGGGAGUCUCGUGGACUUGCCAAUGUUCCCGCUUUGCGGCCUGAUGGGGAUAGAAUUCGACUCCAGCCCUCACUUUCACCUGCUGGCCCUGAUUUUUCUUCGUCUAUGCAAACGCGUGCAGCCUCAGACGACAGUUAUCCACAUCAAGUGGAGAAGUACCGCAUCACAUCAACGCCCUCCGUACAAUAUAGUCGCAAGGAGUGGUGGGAUAAUUUGGUUAUGAGCUACUCCACUACUCGGGAUCAGUCUUUAAAGGACAUAACAUCAGAUCUCUCAACAUUGUUCACCGCUAGCGGAUACUGGUUAUCAUUCGUGAAUGUUCCGGACUUCGUUCACAGCCUAUACAACCCUGAAGAACGUUCGCUUAUGCAACCUUCACUUGUUUUUGCGGGGUUAGCUUUAGCAACCCUAAUGAAAUCAAGUCGGGAGCGUGCCGUCUGGCUUCGCGAUAAGGCGCAGGCUUGGCUGGAAGCGUCACUGAAUUCUCAAUGGAUAGACAUAACCCUUGCGAAGGCUGCUCUUAUUAUCGCUGUGUAUGAGUCCUCGGCUCACCCACUCUAUACACCCGAACGCGCGAGACGUUCUCUAGCCUAUCUCGAUGGAAUUGUCCGCCAAUUAGGCUUGACGUUCUUGGACAGUAAUGAACCAGACGUGUCGACAUUCACCCCUAACGCUGUACCCAUCACUCACAGACGCCGCCCCUUUGAUCAAAUGUCUAAGGACGGGGUCCGUACCCCUCAUGCAAUUUCUCGCAAGUGUGACUGUAUCCCCCUUCCAAAUUCAUCCAUCGCUACGGAGCAGUUUUCGUCCUCAUGGUCUUUCACGCCACCUUGGGAUCCCUCAUGGACCCCUGAGGAGAUGCACAAGGAAUCUUGCAGGAGGCUGUGUUGGAGCGCCCUUAACCUCGUGGCUAGGCUGACAGUUGUACAGUUCCGGUUACUGUUCCCUGGUGAGAUAUCACAACGAGGGUCCAACGAGCACAAGGCGCAGUCUUCGAAAGAAUCAAUAUGGGCACUCUAUUGCCGCAGCAUGCUCCUUUGGAUUUUCUGUACCACUCGUCUCCGGAAAAAUGCUUUUAGCAACACAGAGACAACCGACCUUGCGGUUGAAGCUUGGUCAGAAACCCUUGAAAUCCAGGAUGCCUUGGAUUCCCACACUUGCAACCUCGAUAUGGCAUUGUUGUACAUGUGUCGGGAGUACGUCUACAACACGCAGAUCAUAAUUACCCAGAUUUUACGAGCUGGCCAUGCAGAGGCUGGAAAUUCCCCUCAGUUCAAUCGUAAGCAGGCUGAGCAGUGGCUGUACUACCAGAGCCUUUUCAUCCGCAGAGUUAAAAUGUCAAUUCACCAUCUCGGGGAUCAAGAUGGCCAUCUUUUCACCAGGCAGCCGUUCCAGGUUACUUGGUUUGCAAGCCAAGUAGCAAUAUGUCUUGCUUUGUGGGAGGAGGACAAGUCACUUCUUGAUGCUUUGGAAGUUGCUAAGGACGUCAUAGUACCAAUCGACGUGCUGAAUACGUUAUGGCCUUGCCCAAUGUUAUUGAGCAAAUGCGACGACUUGCGUAAGCGGGUGACGGAGGCUUGCCACUCCGUCAACAUUGCUGCGCCACUGCCACCCAACUGUUCGCUCCCUCCACUUCUCCGGGGUGGCCCAUGA